CAACAGAGCUUUGCAAACUAUCGAUCCUCCGCUGGCUAUAACUGUCCGGCCUCCCUUCCAUCCAUCCACCCAUCCAUCCAUCCUCUCUGUGUUGUGGAGACCAGAUCCAACAUGUGCGUGACCAACGGUGGGAACCUCUUGCAGCCGUGACAUCUCACGUCCACAAUGAGAGCUCCUCCAAAGUGAUAAAAUGGGAGACUGGAACUUCCUUGGAGGGAUUUUGGAGGAGGUACAUAUCCACUCCACCAUGGUGGGCAAGAUCUGGCUGACCAUACUGUUCAUAUUCCGGAUGCUGGUGUUGGGGGUGGCGGCCGAGGACGUUUGGAACGACGAGCAGUCUGAUUUUAUCUGCAACACGGAUCAGCCAGGCUGCCGGAACGUCUGCUACGACCAGGCCUUCCCCAUAUCCCUGAUCCGCUACUGGGUCCUGCAGGUGAUCUUCGUGUCUUCGCCCUCCCUGGUCUACAUGGGCCAUGCCAUCUACCAGCUUCGCGCCCUGGAGAAGGAGCGCCACUGCAAGAAGGUGGCGCUACGCCGGGAGUUGGAGUCAGUGGACGUGGAGCUGGUGGAGGUCCGGAGGAGGAUCGAGAAGGAGAUGCGGCAGCUGGAGCAGGGGAAACUCAACAAGGCGCCGCUGCGAGGAUCCUUGCUCUGCACCUACGUGGCUCACAUCGUCACGCGCUCCGUGGUGGAGGUGAGCUUCAUGAUGGGGCAGUUCCUCCUGUACGGACACCACUUGAACCCUCUGUACAAAUGUGAGCGAGAACCUUGCCCCAAUGUGGUGGACUGCUUCGUCUCCAGGCCGACAGAGAAGACUGUGUUCAUGAUGUUCAUGCAGGUGAUCGCCUGCAUCUCCUUGUUCCUCAGCCUGCUUGAGAUGAUGCACCUCGGCUACAAGAAGAUCAAGAAGGGAAUACUGGACUAUUACCCGCACCUCAAAGACGAACUCGACGACUACUAUGUCAACAAGUCAAAGAAGAACUCGGUUGUGCAGCAGGUUUGCAUCGGCCCCACCGUAGGCCGCAAGAGCACCAUACCGACAGCUCCCAGUGGUUACACUCUCCUCCUGGAGAAACAGGGAAACGGGCCGAACUACCCUCUUCUCAACGCAUCCUCUGCUUUUGUACCGAUUCAAGGAGAGAUUUGCGUCAAAACUGUUGGGCAAAAAGACAAGGGACUGCCGAGUCCCACAGAGCAGAACAGCAGCUCCAACACCACCAGCAGUGACGCGCGUUCUCCUGCUGCAGACAAAGACCCAGAGGGAUCGUUCUCGGGUCACCAUGAAGACGUGGAGUGCGGCAGCUCAGAGUUCCCUACACUGCCAGCGAUGGACAGCACAGUCUGUCCGACACUCUCUGGUGUUACACGAAAGCCAAGACGGUUCAGUCCACCGUGGAACUGCUCGACAGUGGUGGAGGGAAACGUCUCGGACAGCGGGGACUCGUACCACGGUGGGAGCAGCAGCAUGAAGCUCCGCAGCAGCUUCUCCGGCCCCAGGGCCAGGAUGCUUUGCAAAUCAGACAUGAAGAGACCGAGCAGAUCUCAGAGCCCGGACUCGGCAGAGGAGCUGAGUUCGACGUCGCGACACAGCCACGAGAGCGACAGUCCCAUCGCCUCGUCUCCAAACCGCAGAGUGUCAGCUGCAAGCAGCAUCAGCAGCAGACGGGCUCCGACGGACUUACAGAUUUGAACCAUCAUGAAUGUUUUUAACAGCCACACUGUCUUUUCAGAAUCCAACUUUCAUUUCUUCAAUGAGGCAGAUGGGGAUUAGGCUUGCACCGUGGACCUCCGACACCAAACACCCAGAUCUCUGGUCCAGUGUCCAUGUGGUCAGGCUCCAGGUUCAGGUCUUUGUAACUCAAGGGUCACUCACUCAGUAGUCAGUUGAAAAGCACUCAAACCUCCACCAAGCAGUUUCAGUAGAACCCCAACACAAUGUUCCAGGGGGACCAUAGUACAUGUUUUCAACCAAAUCCGAUACAAUCCUUUAACAGUUGCUUCAAGACGAAGUCAGUGGAGAGAGAGCGAGACGCACAGUAAUUCCCGUUUAAAACUGCUUUGUGGCCUUUUAAACUCUUGUGUAUUUCAUGUUCAAUAUAAUUUCAUGUUCUUUGAACUCCAGCCGAGGUACGGACCAACUUGCUGCAUUGCUCUGUUGUGUGGUGUCACGAGGACCUCCCCUCCUCAGCUGGAGCACUUAUAUCAUGCAAUGCCACACACGAGAGAGAAAAGUGUUUUUGAUUUUUUUUAUUACUUUGUUACAAACAAGACAAGGUGGUCCUUUACUUGCCGGGGAGGAUGAUGCCAUCAUACUGAAACAGACAUUUAAAACAUGUUAAACUAUAAAAAAAAGUGGUUCUCAGCAUUUCAGAAAGGUAACUCAACUUGUACUGAAUUAAAGUAGUAACUUCCAUGUUCACAAGCAAACAUAUGGACUGAAGUGUCGAGUUCAACCAAGUGACUUCGUCAUAGUCAAUGCGUGACCGAUGCCAAACAACUACAAAUCCAUUCCUGAACCAAGUUAGUAUCAAGUCUUGAGUUACAUUUUGGUGACAGAUGAUGUUCUGACUCGAUUUCAUGUAAUUGAAGCACUUUGUAUUGACUUGGGGAAAAAAACUGCAUUAAAAAUGAACUG